AUGGUUAGAGCUGAUGGAAAACUACGACAUCGAUCUUCAGUACCACCCUGGCAAGGUCAAUGUGCUGCCAGAUGCUUUGAGCUGUUUGCCGGAGUCACUAAUUCUUUGAUGAGACUUCGGGUUCAAUCGACACUGGUCAAGCAAAUCAAGGUUGCACAGUCAGGUGACGCAUUUCUUCAGAGAUGUAGAGAGUUAGUAACAGCUGGUCUUCGGCCGGACUUUGUUGUGCAUGAGGACGGGUCCUUACAAUUUGGGAGUCGUAUCUGCGUGCUAGAAGGAGAUGUCCGAGAGGAAUUAUUACGGGAAGCUCACAACUCACAGUAUUCUAUUCACCCUAUAGGCACUAAGAUGUACAAGGACCUGAAGCUGAACUUUUGGUGGCAUGGUAUGAAGAGAGACGUUGCUCAUAGUGUGACAAAGUGCCUUGUCUACCACCAGGUGAAGGAAGAGCAUCAGCGCAUCGUAGGCCUGCUGCAGCCAUUGCCUAUUCCGGAGUGGAAGUGGCAACACAUCACCAUAGACUUUGUUAUUGGCUUACCUUGGAGCACUAGACAGAAUGAUGUUGUUUGGGUGAUCGUAGAUCGAUUAACCAAAUAG